GCCAACAUGGCGGACGGAAUCGACCGAAAUGCCGACGACAAGAUGGAGUUCUCCACCUCCAAAGAGGUCACGGUCGCGCCGACCUUCGAGGCCAUGCACCUGAAGGAGAACCUGCUGCGCGGCAUCUAUGCCUACGGAUACGAGUCGCCUUCGGCUGUGCAGUCGCGUGCUAUUGUGCAGGUCUGCAAAGGCCGCGACACCAUCGCCCAGGCGCAAUCGGGAACGGGAAAGACAGCCACCUUCUCCAUCUCGAUCCUCCAGGUCAUCGAUACAGCUGUGCGCGAGACGCAGGCGCUCGUUCUCUCGCCCACUCGUGAGCUGGCGACGCAAAUUCAGCAAGUCGUCAUGGGUCUUGGCGACUACAUGAAUGUACAGUGCCACGCCUGUAUCGGAGGCACCAACGUUGGCGAAGAUAUCCGCAAGCUCGACUACGGCCAGCAUGUUGUCUCUGGAACCCCAGGACGCGUUGCCGAUAUGAUUCGCCGCCGCAACCUCCGCACACGCAACAUCAAGAUGCUUGUUCUUGAUGAAGCCGACGAACUGCUCAACCGCGGUUUCCGUGAGCAGAUCUACGAUGUCUACCGCUACCUUCCACCCGCCACUCAGGUGGUGGUUGUCUCCGCUACCCUCCCUUACGAUGUACUCGAGAUGACGACCAAGUUCAUGACCGAUCCCGUACGCAUUCUCGUCAAGCGUGACGAGUUGACGCUCGAAGGCCUGAAACAAUAUUUUAUCGCCAUUGAAAAGGAAGAGUGGAAGUUUGAUACCCUUUGCGAUCUCUACGAUACCCUUACUAUCACACAAGCAGUCAUCUUCUGUAACACACGCCGCAAAGUUGACUGGCUUACCGACAAGAUGCGCGAGGCCAAUUUCACCGUUUCCUCAAUGCAUGGAGAUAUGCCGCAACGAGAGCGAGACAGCAUUAUGCAGGACUUCCGUCAGGCUAAUUCCCGCGUGCUCAUCUCAACAGAUGUGUGGGCUCGUGGUAUCGAUGUACAACAGGUGUCGCUUGUGAUCAACUACGACCUUCCAUCAAACCGUGAAAACUACAUUCACAGGAUUGGUCGUAGUGGCCGAUUUGGACGCAAGGGUGUAGCCAUCAACUUUGUGACCCAGGAUGACGUGCGCAUUCUUCGUGACAUUGAACUGUACUACUCUACUCAGAUUGAUGAGAUGCCGAUGAACGUCGCCGACCUUCUGUCAUAGACGCUGCGGUAUCAUUGCAUACAGCAUAUGCGAUCAAAAAUUAAACACAUCUUACGUCCAGCUCCGGCCUGUUAAUGCCGCCUAAAAGCGAAGAGGGGUCAAGCCACCAGCUUCGAGAGUUACUGUGGAGGAAAGGGGCUCUCCAGCCAAAUAAACCAAAUUGAAACAUGCUCAUCGAUGUGCUUCAAAUAUGAAUCUACUCGCAAGAGCACGCCAGCGGCGAUGCUUGCUUUUUGAGUACCUCUAUAAAUGAUCAUU